UAUUUAUUUUUAUUUCAGGAGACAUCUAAUGAGGACAUGGAAAAGGAAAAUGCAACUUGUGUGACAAAGUUUGUUCUCACAGGACUUACACAACAACCAGAGUGGAAAAUGCCCCUGUUCCUGGUGUUCUUGGUAAUAUAUCUCUUCACCAUUGUAGGGAACCUUGGUCUCAUUGCUGUCAUCUGGAAUGAUCCUCAUCUGCACAUUCCCAUGUACUUAUUCCUUGGGAGUUUAGCCUUUGUGGAUGCUUGUUUAUCAUCCACAGUUACACCAAAAAUGCUGGUCACCUUGUUAGCCAAAAACAAGGUGAUCUCUCUCUCUGAAUGUCUAGUACAAUUUUUUUCAUUUGGAAUCAGUGCAACAACAGAAUGUUUUCUCUUAGCAGCUAUGUCUUAUGAUCGUUAUGUAGCCAUAUGUAAACCUUUACUUUAUCCAGUGAUUAUGAAUAAUCGAUUAUGUACUUGUCUAAUAGUCCUAACAUUUAUAGGUGGCUUUCUUCAUGCUAUCAUUCAUCAAUACUUUUUAGUCAGAUUAAAUUUCUGUAACUCCAAAAUAUAUCACUUUUAUUGUGAUAUUUUACCAUUGUUAAAGAAUUCUUGUACUUAUCCUUCUAUUAGUUUUCUUCUGGUAUAUUUUUUGGCUGGUUCCGUUCAAGCAUUCAGCUUUGUGACAAUUCUUGCCUCUUAUACAUUUGUUAUCUUUGCAAUCAUAAAAAAGAAAUCUGUCAAAGACUUAAAGAAAGCCUUUUCCACUUGUGGAGCCCACCUAUUUUCUGUAUCUUUAUACUUUGGUACUCUUCUCUUUAUGUAUGUGCGUCCUGCAUCUGCACAAAGAGAUGAUCAAGAUAUUAUGGAUUCCCUAGUUUAUACUGUCAUAAUUCCUGUUUUAAACCCAAUUAUCUACAGUCUGAGAAAUAGGCAAGUCACAAAUUCACUGAAAAAAAACUUGAAAGGA